GCGGCGGAGCCACGUGGUGGGGCCGGGAAGCCGCGGCCGCCGAGCGCCCGGGCGGCUGCCCCUGCUGGGCAGUGCUGCUCUGCGCUGCGCCGCUCUCGGUGCCUGCGCUCCCCGCUCCGCGCUCCCCGCCAGCCGCCCCGGGGCGGGAGGCGCGCCUGGCGGCCGGCCGGCCAGACAAAGGAGGCGCGGCAGAGCCGGCGCGCGGGCGGACUGACCAUGGACUCCGAGCGCGAGCGGCCGGCCGCAGCCCUGAGGACCCGGCGCUCCCGGUCCCGGCCCUAGGCGCCCGGCCCCGCCGCCCGGGGCGCCCAGCUGGGAGGACGCGGAGCCCGCGCGGCGCGGAGGAGGCGGCGGCCGCCGAGCUAGAGGGGCGCCGCGGCGAACGGCGCGCGCGGCCCCCAGAGCCAUGGGCAAGUGCAGCGGGCGCUGCACGCUGGUCGCCUUCUGCUGCCUGCAGCUGGUGGCUGCGUUGGAGCGGCAGAUCUUUGACUUCCUGGGCUACCAGUGGGCUCCUAUCCUAGCCAACUUCCUGCACAUCAUGGCAGUUAUCCUGGGCAUCUUUGGUACCGUGCAGUACCGCUCCCGGUACCUCAUUCUGUAUGCAGCCUGGCUGGUGCUUUGGGUUGGCUGGAAUGCGUUUAUCAUCUGUUUCUACUUGGAGGUUGGACAGCUGUCCCAGGACCGGGACUUCAUCAUGACCUUCAACACAUCCCUGCACCGCUCCUGGUGGAUGGAGAACGGUCCAGGCUGCCUGGUGACACCUGUCCUGAACUCCCGCCUGGCCCUGGAGGACCACCAUGUCAUCUCGGUCACCGGCUGCCUGCUUGACUAUCCCUACAUUGAAGCACUCAGCAGUGCCCUGCAGAUCUUCCUGGCUCUGUUCGGCUUCGUGUUCGCCUGCUACGUGAGCAAAGUAUUCCUGGAGGAGGAGGACAGCUUUGAUUUCAUCGGCGGUUUUGACUCCUAUGGAUACCAGGCGCCUCAGAAGACGUCGCAUUUACAACUGCAGCCUCUGUACACGGCGGGGUAGUAGCUUCUGCCCCAGGACCACCCCCGCGGCGGCUAGACUGACCGCCGCAGCCGCGAGCUCUGGCCAAGAUGGCAGGCGUGCCCCCUGGCGGCUCGCUGACCGGACUGCAGCCUGGGUCGUCUUGACAUGGGUCCGAAGCGGACAUGGACUUGGCGCUUAGCCGCCUGGACUUAAGGGGUGGGGC